UUUUCUUGUGCGUACAUUUUCCUUGCAGCUUUCUGUUUAUGCUCCAGUCCAGUAGGGGGCAGCACUAUAUUUUCAGCUCCUUACCUACUGUCAAGAAAACCAACAGAGGAUGUGGCAACCCAAACAUUGCUGCUGCUUUGUGUGCUCAGGGCUAGCUUACUAAGGAGGCUGCGACCAUUGAAAGCCGGUAUUUUGUUUGUUGUUCUCUCGUUUCAACGGCAAAACUUAAAGGACCAAGAAUCGCCGUGGUUUCGUCUGAACCUCCGUGGCCAUCUCCACGUCACAAUGACAGCUGUGAGGGCUUCCAGAGUUCCUGUUCGGGGUCCUGGAGAUGGCAUGGAAACAGAAAAUUCAAAAGUAUUGUUGGAAAUAGACACUGAAGCCCCGCCUCCAAAUGCAUCUCAAGUUCCCCUUCUUAAAGUAGCUAACCAAAAGCAAAGCCCUAAGUCUACCCCCUGUGUCCCUGUACCUGCCAUUCCUGAGCCUCAUGGGGUGCUGCACCUGGGCAAGGUGAGUCGAGAGGCCUGUACCGAGGUGGAGGCUGUGAGGAUCAUAGUGCCACGAGCUGCUAUCACUCGCUGCAGCCGCACUGGACCCACUGAAGGGAAAGGAGAGGCAGACCACCAGACUGAGGAACGGGGCUCCCCUUCACCUCCACUUGUUGAAGAUUGGAGAGGAGAGCUGAAAAAGCUACAAAACUCAGAACGCAGACUGCUACAAGAUAAGGAAGGCCUCUCCAAUCAGCUCAGAGUGCAGACAGAGGUCAACCGUGAACUGAAGAAACUAUUGGUCGCAUCUGUAGGCGAUGACCUUCAGUAUCACUUUGAACGAAUGGCUCGAGAGAAAAACCAGCUGAUUCUGGAGAAUGAGGCUCUCGGUCGCAGUCUCGCACACACUGCAGAGCAGCUGGAGCGAAUGAGCAUCCAGUGUGAUGUCUGGAGGAGCAAGUUCUUAGCCAGCAGAGUCAUGGCAGAGGAGCUCACUAACGCCAGAGGGGCUCUCCAAAGACAGACCAGAGAGGCACAAGGAGCAAUCCAAGACCUGCUUCUGGAGAGAGAGGAGUUUUCUAGAGACAUGAUGCUCACCCACAGAUCUCUGGAGCAGCUCCUGGUGUCUCUGCAGUGGGGCAGACAGCAGACGUACUACCCCAGUGCUCAGCCUCUCAGCAUAGGAGAGCUUGCAGCAGCCAAUCACAAACUAGCAGAUACCAUCAACUCCCGCCUUCUGGGAAACAGCAGCAGCAAUGGGGUGAAAAACAACAGUGCAGCUGAGCAGCUCUGCAGCACACCAGCUGAGAAGAUGGCUGAGAAGGUGCUGCAGAUUCUGGACCCCACCUCUUGUUCAGAAAACAAAGCAGAGUGCGAGCUGAUGGAUUCCUCCUCCUCCAACUUCCUGAACAGCAAGAAGAGCAUUGGAAGGUUUCACCCGUACACCCGCUACGAGAACAUUACUUUUAACUGCUGUGAGCGCUGUAGCGGAGACAUCCUGGUGCUGUAGAGGUGAGACGGGGGCAGCAGGGUUCAUUUUUGAAAGAUUCAGGGAUUAUUGAUGCUACCAUAUUUAAUGAGGCUUUUUUCACUAAAGAAAACUUGGACGGUGUAGUUUUACUACCAUGAUAAGUAAUUAUUCCAUUUCCACCAUUUCAGAUCAUCUGUACUGAUAUUAACUCACUCUAGCUUAAAGAAUCAACAGAAAUGUUGAUUAAAUUGAGUAUUUUGCUGGGUGGGAUACAAAUGUGAUUAGAAAGAAAUGCAUUUCAUGUCAGUGUUGCAUAAUGAGCACACACAGUGUGUAUUUUUCUGAUUGAGAAAAGUGUUUUUAUCUUUUAUUUGAUUUUUUUUGUUUAAUGAAAACUGUUAGACUGAAACAGCUAAGAUGAGCAACAAUAAAGAGCAGAAAUCCUGCAGGAUGUUUACAGUAGAUGGUGCUCACUGUGACCUUAUAUGAAAAGAAAUCUAACUUUGUAAUUGUGUUACAGUAAUGUUAAUAAUAUAUGCAUAUGUGUUUUUGAGAGCUUUAAAGAUAUUGUUAUACUUAGGAUUUUUAAGCUGUACUAUAGGUUUUAUGGUGGUGAGAUUUUACUAUUGUUUGAAGAAAAGAAUAAAAAAAGAGAAAGAAAAAGCUU